GAGGACCGCACAGAGCACAUCAGGGAACUGGCCUGUGGAAUGGGGAGCUCAAACUGAAAACAAGAGGGUUUCAUUCUGGGCCAACCUGCUUACCCCUGGGUCCCCAGGGCGGGGCAGCAGGAGCUGAAGCGCCUCCAAAAGACCCUCCCUCCCUCCAACCCCCGCGGGGGGGGGGCAUCCCGCCUCUGCCCUUCCUCCCGCUCCCCCCUCGGCAGGCUGGAGAAGGCCAACUCCGCCUGCUUGAGUCACGGCUGGAGCUGGGGAGGAGCCCGGGAAAGGCGGCCCCCGGGGCUCAGAGCGCAGCCACCGGCCCGCAGGGAAAGCAGGCAGGGGCAGUCGGCGAUCAUGGGGGAGAGCGCGCUGGAGCCGGGGCCUGUGGCCGGGACGCCGCCGGCCGGGGGUCCCGUGCAUGCCGUGACGGUGGUCACCCUGCUGGAGAAGCUGGCCACCAUGCUGGAGGGGCUGCGGGAGAGGCAGGGCGGCCUGGCCCAGAGGCAGGGCGGCCUGGCGGGCUCCGUGCGCCGCAUCCAGAGUGGCCUGGGCGCGCUGAGCCGCAGCCACGACACCACCAGCAACACGCUGGCGCAGCUGCUGGCCAAGGCGGAGCGCGUGGGCUCCCACGCCGACGCAGCCCAGCAGCGGGCCGUGCGCCGCGCCGCCCAGGUGCAGCGGCUGGAGGCCAACCACGGGCUGCUGGUGGCGCGCGGGAAGCUCCACGUCCUGCUCUUCAAGGAGGAGACCGAAAUCCCAGCCCGCGCCUUCCACAAAGUUCCCGCGCUCCUGGGCCCGGAGGACGGGUCGGAGCUGGGACCGGAGCAGCCGGAGGCUGGCGUUGGAGAGAGCUCGGACGAGGAGCCCGUGGAGUCCCGGGCCCGGCGCCUGCGGCGCACGGGUUUGCAGAAGGUCCAGAGUCUACGAAGGGCUCUUUCCGGCAGGAGAGGCCCCGACGCGCCACCGUCCACACCGGUCAAGCCACCUCGUCUUGGGCCGGUCCGGGGCGCUGAAAGCCAGCCUGCAACUCAGCCUGCGCCAGAGUCUGGGCUGGAGCCCGAGCCUCCGCAGGGCACCGAGGAAGAUCCUGCGAGGCCCGAGCCCCCCGAAGCCGCCCUGCUGCAAGCGGAGAAUGCUGCUUGAGCUCUGGCUGCCGCCUCUCUGGGCCUGGCCCCAAAAUAAAUCCCGAGCGAACGCAGCGCUUGCAUCCAAAUAAGGAGCAAAAUCCUGUAUCCACUGCCCAGCUCUGGUCCUCGCUUCCCCGCCUUUUGGGCCUAGUACCCAGUGUCCCCGGGAAGAGGAGCAGCCAGCCCCUCACCCUUAAUUACGCUCAUCAUCAAUAAAAGCGAUUUCGUCUA